GCGCCGAGGGAGGGGAAACCCGAGGGGUUCCUUGGAGAAGUGGCGCGUCCCGGGGCGGCGGCUGAUGAAGAAAGACGCGGUGCCGAGAAACCCCUGAGCUGGAAGGGGCCACAGAGGGGCCGGCAUGGGCCCCGCACGGCCCGCACCUUGGCUGCUGCUCUUCACCUGGCUCCCAGCAGGGUGCCUGUCCUUGCUGGUGACAGUCCAGCACACAGAGCGCUAUGUCACCCUGUUUGCUUCCACUGUCCUCAAAUGUGACUAUACCACCUCUGCCCAGCUCCAGGAUGUGGUAGUGACGUGGCGCUUCAAGUCCUUCUGCAAGGACCCCAUCUUUGACUACUACUCUGCCUCGUACCAGGCAGCCUUAUCCCUGGGCCAGGACCCAUCCAAUGACUGCAAUGACAACCAGCGGGAAGUUCGCAUCGUGGCUCAGCGACGGGGGCAGAACGAGCCAGUGCUGGGGGUGGAUUACCGGCAGCGCAAGAUCACCAUCCAGAACCGAGCAGAUCUUGUGAUUAAUGAAGUGAUGUGGUGGGACCAUGGAGUAUAUUACUGCACUAUUGAGGCUCCAGGGGACACCUCAGGAGACCCAGAUAAGGAGGUGAAACUCAUCGUCCUGCACUGGCUGACGGUGAUCUUCAUCAUUCUGGGUGCCCUCCUUCUCCUGCUGCUGAUUGGCGUGUGCUGGUGCCAGUGCUGUCCUCAGUACUGCUGCUGCUAUGUCCGCUGCCCCUGCUGUCCCACCCGCUGCUGCUGCCCCGAGGAAGCCCUGGCCCGCCACCGCUACAUGAAGCAGGCAAAGGCCCUAGGUCCUCAGAUGAUGGAAAGACCCCCGUACUGGGGGGCGGACAGGAGCUCCCUGGUUUCGUCUUAUCCAAUGAACCCGCUGCUGCAGCGAGAGCUGUCCCUGCGGUCCAGCCUCCCACAGAUGCCAGUGACCCAGACUGCCGCCCACCCUCCCAUCCCCAAUGGUGUCCUGGAGUAUUUGGAGAAAGAGCUGCGGAACCUCAAUCCGGCCCAGCCUCUGCCGCCUGACCUCAAAGCCAGACUCGGCCAUCCCCGCAGCAUGCUGUCCUCCCUGGGCUCUGAGGUCGUGGAACGCAGAAUCAUCCGCCUGCCCCCGCUGACCAGAGACCUGCCCUCCUCGAGGAGGACCAGCGACUCCUCGCGGCAGCAGUGGCUCACCCCAAUUCCUUCCAGACCCUGGGAUCUGAGGGAGGGGAGAAGGCAGCACCAUUACCCUGAUUUCCACCAGGAGCUCCAAGACCGGAGGCCAAAGCCUUGGGUGCUGGCAAGAAGCGAGCUGGACCCCCCGUGGAGUGGAGGGCACCGCAGCUCCAGGCCGAAUGGAUCGCCCCUCCCCUGGUCGGACAGGGAGAGCCUCAGCGACGGCCCCUCGUCCAGCGAGGCGCACUGGCGGCCCAGCGGCCCCCCUUUCGGGAGUCGCCAUCCGGAGAGGCCCCGCAGGCCCGGCCCGCGGGAGAACCCCCAGAGGCACGGGAGGCGCAGGCACCGCAGCUACUCCCCUCCCCUGCCCUCUGGCUUCAGUUCCUGGAGCUCCGAGGAGGAGAAGGAGAGGCAGCCCCGGAGCCGGGGCCCCCGUCGCCGCUCGCACUCCCCGAACUGGCCGGAGGAGAAGCCGCCUAGCUACCGCUCGCUGGAUGUCACUCCAGGCAAGAAUGGCAGGAAAAAAGGGAGUGUGGAGAGGCGCUCGGAGAGAGACAGUUCCCAUAGUGGAAGGAGUGUGGUCAUUUAGUCCCCGGUCACAGCACAACUUCCGUGGCUACUUCUC